AUGAAGUUCUCAAAGAUAAGCUUAGGAUUCGCAAUGUUGAAUAUUUUUGGGCUCAAGGUGCUAGCUUCUACUGAGGUACAAGAUAGUCAUGCAGGUUUAAAUCUGGUGGCUGUCACUAAAGAUAGUGUCACAUUUACUAAAGAGACUCCUCCAGCAAAAAAGCAUAAUAAAAGUGCCCAGGAUGGAGAAGAUGGCGAUGGAGUGAAUGGAGGCAAAGGUGGUAAGUCUGAAAGCAAUCCAGCAAACAAGACCAAAGCAGCCGGUGGAAAAGGAGCAGAUGGAGCAGCAAGCGGAAAGGGAGCAGAUGGAGCAGACGGUGCUCCAGCAGAAGAUGCACAGAAAGAAAGCGUGGAGGACUCUGUUACUAUGAACUACAUCAUAAAUCUUGUUGUGAAUACUGAAAAUGCGGGAAAAAUGUCCAUAGACCAAAGUACUAUCAUGGGUACUUUUAUGAAACACCAAAGCGCAUUUGAAAAUCUGUGUAACGCCCAGUAUUCAAUUAGGUUUUUAAAGAAGGGAUGCACCGAUGAGCAGUUUAAAAAAGAUGGGUCAGGUAGUAUUGCGCAUGACAUGAAGAUGUCUGUAAACCAACAAAAACUCAAAGAAUUCUUUGGUCCAGAUCCCUCUAGUGUGUCUUGUAUUCCAGUUUCAUUGGAGCCAGAAAACCCAGAUAGUGUAAAUGAUCUUGUAUCAAAGUAUAACGAUGGAAAGCUAGCAGAAGAAUACUUUUUACACAUUUCUAACAUCUCUACACCACAUUCUUGCCAGGAUAAGGGCAAAGUGGAAAUGAAAGCAGUAGCACAGGGAUUAUACAGUAGUAUGUUUAGGACAUCUGAUUUAGUUGGUGAGAUAAAUACAUCAACAAAACAGGAAAAAGGUGGUUUCCUUUCUCAAUACUGGAAGCCUAUUCUUGUAGGUUGCGGUGUUAUUGUUGUAGCCUGUGUUGUUAUUGGCGUAUUAGUUAACAGGAAUAAGUAA